UUGGGAAAUGGUUCAAUUCAGAGAUAAAUAAUUUCACUGCAACAUAAUUAUUAAUAGCCUCAAUAACUCAGCAAUGGUUACGUACAGCAACAACAUGUAGAAAAUCACACGUUGUCAAUUUAUCAGGCAGUUCCAUCUUUAUUUGGGCUUGUCCUUAACUAUUAAUUAAAUAUGACAUUUCGAAUCCAACCUGAAUAUAUAACCGUCAACCCUAACCUGUCUAUUAUUGGACAUUUGUUAUGCAUUUAAUAAACUAUGUGUGAUGUUACAAAUUGAUAAGCGUUUUACUUCGAAAUGUUAAACACCGCCAGAGUAAACCAAGCAGUGUGCUGUAUUCUGGGCAGCGAGGAAGGAGUUAACUGGCCGAGGAACCUUUGGAAAGAAGCCACACGGUCGUCUAUAGCACCUUUUAAUAAAAUGCCUCGCCUUCCUUGACACUCGUAGAGACUUUCCCUCGGACUGGCCUCGGAACUGGAGCAACCUGUGUUUCAGACCCGGCGUCUUCGCCACUAGACAUGAUGUGAGGAUGUGCACGAGCAGCAAACGUCAAGAGACGGCGAUGCAGAGUACCUGUGAUCAAGUAGACACGGCGUCUGGACAAAAACACCAUUUCGCAUGAGCCCCGGAAGGAAUUUGUCAUCUACUCGGUCUCCUCCCGAGGACUCAAGAUGAGGAAACCUAAGAUUAUUCGAAUGUUUUUUGCUUUAUGUUUAGGAUGCUUCGUCAUGGUCAUUUUCUAUUUCAACAGCAAUCUAAAGCCUGCCUCGGAGCACUUUGGGGAAGAAAGCAAUGGGCAGAAGCCCAGGAGGAGUCCUCUGCAGACCCUUUAUAAUGGUGACCAGGCGGAGUCGGAAGUGCAGGCUAUCCAUCAAGGCCGCCGGGAGCUUUUAGAAGAAGCCUGCCGUACCUAUACCCGAAAACGUAGAGUUCUUAUCCCAGAGGACCUUAAGCAUGUUAUCGUGGAUGACCAGCAUGGAUUGCUGUACUGCUACGUACCCAAAGUAGCCUGCACCAACUGGAAGCGAGUACUCAUGGUUCUGACGGGUGCCGCCGGACCCCAGCGAGACCCUCUAGGGAUACCAGCAAAUGAGGCCCACGUCUCAGGAAAUCUGCGCACCUUGUCUGAGUAUUCCACCUCCCAGAUUAACCAACGCUUACGCUCCUACUUGAAGUUUAUGUUUGUACGUGAACCAUUUGAGCGGCUUGUGUCUGCGUACCGCAACAAAUUCACACAACGCUACAACACUGCUUUUCAUAAACGAUAUGGCACCAAGAUUGUGCGCCGGCACAGGCCCAACCCACAGCCGGAAGCACUAGAGAAAGGUGACGAUGUCACCUUUGAGGAGUUUGUGUAUUACCUUGUGAACCCGGCAACCCAGAUUGAAGAACCCUUCAAUGAGCAUUGGGAACGGGUGCACUCAUUGUGCCAUCCCUGCCUCAUACACUAUGACGUGGUGGGUAAAUAUGAGACGCUGGAGCAGGACUCCAACUACGUGCUACGACUUGCUGGAGUGGAGGACCAGGUUAAGUUUCCUGCCUCAACCAAGAGUACCAGGACUACUGGACACAUGGCAGCACAGUUCUUCCUUAACAUUAGCCCCUUCUAUCAGAAGAAACUGUAUAACCUCUAUCGCAUGGACUUCCUGUUAUUUAAUUACUCUGUGCCAGCAUACCUCAAGUUUUGAUGAAGCAGAAAUGUAGUCCUGUACAUCCAUAGAUAUCGGAAGAAAAUGCCUUGUGACAACACCAAUAAACAGAAUGUUACUGACUACACAGAGUACAUGUUUUGUACAUGUGAACCACCACAUUGUAAAAUUGUUCAGAAGCAAGGUGAAACCUGGGACCAAUUGGUAUUUUUACUGUAAACAGUGAUUACGUGAGUACUAGUCUGUGACUGUGUAAACAAUUUCACUUUGAAUUUGAAAUGUGUUUCUCUUUUCUGGGGUAUUUGCACAAUAAAAGUGAGAUAUCUGUUGGGGGCUAAAUUUCAACAGCACAAUGAAAGUUAAAAAAUUGCAACAGAGAAUGUCUCGUGCCUUUUGAUAGUAAGCCUUUAUUUGACCCCAGAGAAACUGAUUUGUAAAUGUGCUUGUGUUUCAUUUUAUAAUAUUGGGCAAUACUGUUUUAAUUUAUUGUGUUUUUUCUGACUGAAUUAUGUCAGACCGACCAUGAAAUGUUGGCACAAUUUUUAAAUAAAUGUCAUUGAGCAGCAAGUUUGUUGGAAUUUAAUAUUGGAAGUAUGAACGUGACAUCGGCUUUGCACAGAAUCUGUAUACUGUACAUUCUUUCCAAAGGUAUUGGAACGGUGAUUCUAAUUUUUUCUACCUUGUAGUCUGAAAAAAAUUGGGGCUUGCCAUUAAUAGAAAUGUCUGCUUUUAAUUUCCGAUACAGUAUUUGCA